UUUUAUAAACGAACGGAAUUUGUGCUUAUAAGAACUGAGACAUUGGAAGCGUGCGGAAGAAGGAAGUCCGUCCUGGAAAUUCACUCAAUCCACUUUCUGUAGUUCGUUUUGAUGGUCUGCCUCCUUCAGGCAAUGGUCAUGUCACAUUCACUUAUUCCUUCUCUCUAAACACUUCUACCUCCGUUUACGUCUUUCAUCUUUCAUCUUUCAUCUUUCGUUAUCCUCUUCUGCAAAACAAUCGCUACACCAAAUUCGUCAUCAUGUUCCGCCUCAUGGAGGAUGGUCUGCCCAAAGACCCAGAGUUCCCUGCCAACCUGAAGGAAUUGGGUUAUUACAUCACGGAAGACGACAAAAUUCGCAAGAUCGACAAACCCGAUGAGAAAUUUCAGUUCUACAUCACUGACAUUUGGCGAUGGAACGAGGUGCAACGGGAAGCAAUGCACAAAUGCAUCCGCCUUGAGGUCGAGCGGCGUCUCCUUGGACUCUGCAUCCGAAAGCUCUAUAUGUACCCGUUCGACGCGAACAAGAUCCCCAGCGUGGAAAAGCCCGAUGGCCCACAUGUCGCCAUCUACGCCACCGACCCUGAGAAACUUCGACUGAAGAAACGGGUCUUGAUCCUGGUCAAUGAUCAGCUACAGGACUUCGGAGUCCUCGCCUACAGGAUUUUGUGCGGCGAAGGCGGCAUCAACAAAGGGAGCGUGGCCGGUGUCGUUCAGGAACUCAUCCGCCGCAGCAAGCAGUUUUACUGCAAGAAAGAUGGGAAGUCGAAGGCGGGAGAGAUCUUCGAUGAGACAGAACCCGACCCAAUCGAUAGUGCGAACGGCGAGAAGCCCGGAGGUACAAAGACUGCUACCGCAGCCGAUGAGGACGACGGCAUCCCGGGUAUUGUUAUCCUCAACCCAGGUGGACGACUCUACUCGUUCCAGAUGAAGGAGAACAUGUCCCAGCAGUCAUGGAUGGCGCGUCGACGUAGUUCCGCCGUCCAUCCCGCACAUAACAUUGACGAGGAGUACAAUCUGGUGGAAGGACACAAGACCGUCCAAGACCAUAUCAGCUCCGUGUUCAAACAGGUCGUCGCUGACCCUACCUUUGUUGCGAACGGGGCCGAAGUCUACGUUGUCGGGCUCUACGACGGGGCGGACAUCCUGAUGGAUUUUCUCAAGGAAGAAUAUCUGGACUACGUUGGUCAACUCUCCGGUAUGGCGCUGAUCAACCCAAGCGAGGUCUGCUGCAGCGAAAUCGAGGAAAUCAACCUCGCGACCUUCCUAGCGCGCCGUACCCGUUCAUGGGUUCGAGAUGAUGAAAUCUUAGAUACUCCUCUCUCAAUUCCGCCCAACUCGAUCAGCCAGCCCAAGUCAGUCGUGGAUUCCGAUGCAGCCUUGGUACGAGGGAGGAAUAUUGAUGGAAAUUCCAGCAAGGAGAAGAUUGAUGCACUAGAAACUGGAAGGGUCUUCUGGACGGAGAUUAUGAACAAGGAGCAGCGCCUUUCUGACAACUCGGCCGACCAGACCGAGAAUAUCGUGUCGUACCUCAACGCACUCAACAGCACGGGACUUGGCGAAAAUGCGGUGUUCGACUCCAGCGAGAGCAGUGCCGGUAGCCCUCCAACCCAAGCGCAAGAAGCCGCCGCCGCGCAAGUUGCCGCCUUCCGCUCCGAGAAUUUUCCCUCCGGGGCAAUUCACCCGCCAGCCGAAGGCGUCCAUGUGCAAGAUUUCGCCGAUAUGAACGAUAGCGAGGAGACUCUCACCGACACCACGCCCACCAUCUCCCCUCCGUACAACACGCCAGCGUCGCACUGGACCUUGACCACCGCGACUCCCAAUGCCACGAGUCGUCGAAAUACUUUCAGCUCCCCGGGGCGUGCAUGCGGUACGCUCCAUCCGAGCGCGUCAAUGGUGUCUAUCUCCUCCUCCUCGGGUGCCAUCGAGUCGUCCGCGUUCCCCAUGCUUUCCGCCGGCCCCAACCACGAAGUCGCAGAAUGCGUCUUCCCCUCUCUCCUCGGCCGGGUCAUCUCCUUCUUCGAAGACAUCUCCCUCACCAAGCCGCAGCCGAGCACCUACCGCAACCCGGGUUUCGUCAUCCCCGACCGCGUCGCCAAGCGUCUCGAAGAGAUGGCAACGAGGGCGAAUGACGAGACGUACCACGACGCGUCCGAGGCGCUUAGUUCGGAAGAGGGCGAUGCCGGUGGAACGGAUGGCAAUGACGAUGACACGCCUCUCCACAUGGAGUUCCGUGAGAGUGACGCCAACCAUGGGAAGGCGCGCUUGAACGAGGAGGACGAUGAGCUAGCCGACCAGACAUCGUACGCGACGCGGCUGGAGGAUUACGUCCGACGGAACGAAGGGCUCGUGAGCUUUGCCAUCGGGGUUGAGGGUACUGGAGAGGGGCAUUCGCCUCCGGAUACGCACCCGGUACUCCCGAUUAGAAGCAGUGCAUGUCCCUCUUCCGCUGGUCCUUCUGGCUCGGCAAGCCACCGGCGUGGUUCUGGUGGACCCUUGCUCAACGUCGGCGAUCGUCGAAUGGGAAUCGGCGGCGCUGGACCGACGCACGGUGGGAAACCUUCCCAAGUUCCCCCGACGGAUCAAUCCGAGGCCAGCCUAGAUAACGAGGACGAGAAGGCGGUCUUCAAAGGUCUGGGUGGCGGCCUCACUGUCCCCACUGGCUCUCCCGAGAAGUCGUCCAGUGGGGCUACUGCAACUAGCUCAGGCUCGAAGAACAAGGAGGAAGAGAAGGAGGAAGAGAAGGAGGAGGAUAAAGAGGACGAUAAAGAUGACGACAAAGAGGAGAUGGUGAUGAUUGCCGGAGCGAAGGUCCCGAAAAGCCUGAUCGAGGCGGCAGGCCUAAGCGGAACGCCGGCGCGCGGGGAGGUGGUCGACAAGGAGAUUGAUUGAGGCACAUUCAUGAGCGUUUCAUAGGGUUAUCGGCAGGGAAUGCAGUGCUUUAGCAUAAAUCUGCGAGAGAAAACGGGAGUAAUUCGAAGUCCACGCGAUCCCAUGGAUUCAUCAUGGACACUGGAUGAUGCUGCAUUC